UUGCAUGUCUUGAAGUCGUUUACACAUGGACAGACCUGAAUUUGUUCGGACGUUUGGACAAGUUUGGACGUUUUGUCGGGGACUCCUCGCAAAUGUGGCAUAAAUUUAGCCAGCACAUGGCACCCCACACUCUGUAAGACAAGCCCAUUGUGUCCCAGAAUGCACUGCUGACGGCUCCCAGCAUUCCAUCGCCCCGCAUUCACCCGGUCUGCCUUCAACCCAGAGCACUAUGGAUUUCCUUCUGAACAUGUCAGGACUCAACAGCAGUCUUUGCAGCAACACCUCGGAGAACAACAGCACGCUCGACUCUCCCCGAUACCUGGAGGAGAUCAUGUUCCACUUUCUGGGGCCGCGGAGGUCGCCGUGCUUCCUGCCCGUAGCCCUCACCUACCUGCUAAUCUUCAUCGUGGGCGUCGGGGGCAACCUGCUCACCUGCACGGUGAUCGCCAAGCACCGCAAGAUGCGCACGCCCACCAACAUGUACCUGUUCAGCCUGGCGGUGUCGGACCUGCUGGUGCUGGUCAUCGGCAUGCCGCUGGAGACGUACGAGCUGUGGCAGAACUACCCGUUCGCCUUUGGCGAGGGCGGCUGCCUCUUCCGCGUGUUCCUCUUCGAGACGGUCUGCUUCGCCUCGGUGCUCAACGUGACGGCGCUGAGCGUGGAGCGCUACGUGGCGGUGGUGCACCCGCUGCGGACCCGCUACGCCGUCACCACGCGCCACGUGCUGCGGGUCAUCGCGGUGGUGUGGCUGGCCGCCCUGCUCUGCGCCCUGCCCAACACCCUGCUGCACGGCAUCGCCUACGUGGAGUGGCGCGGCACGCCCAUCCCGCAGUCGGCCACCUGCCAGAUGGUCAAGCCCCUCUGGAUCUACAACCUGGUCAUCCAGGUGACCACCAUCUCCUUCUACUUCAUCCCCAUGACGGUGAUCAGCGUGCUGUACAUGGUGAUCGGCGUGCGGCUCGGCCAGGAGCAGAGGUCGCGGGGGAGCGGCGGCGGCGGUGAGUCGGGGAAGAGUGGCGACUCCGAUGUCACCUGGACCAUCCACGUGGAGGGAGGGAGGAGGCGGCAGGUCACUAAGAUGCUCUCUGUGGUGGUGGUGGUGUUUGCCAUCUGCUGGGCCCCCUUCCACAUCGACCGGCUUCUGUGGAGCUUCACCACGCACUGGACGGACUACAUGCACGGCCUCUACGAGUACGUGCACAUCCUGUCGGGCGUGCUCUUCUACCUGAGCUCGGCCGUCAACCCCAUCAUCUACAACAUGCUCUCCAGCCGCUUCCGCGAGCGUUUCCGCGAGCUCGUCUGCCACCAGGGCCGCAGCGCGUCGUCUGCCGCCUCGCACAACUCGCCGCCCUUCUCCAAGGUCCUCAAGAGCGCGUCCUGCUCCACGCACGUGUCCAGCAGCGGACGCCGGUGCCGAGCCCGCGACACGGCCUCCACCAGCGGCUGGGAGCACGAGGACGAGACCACCUUCAUGUGACGGACAUGUGACUGUGGAGACCACCUUCAUGUGAAAGACUCCUGACUGGAGACCACCUUCAUGUGAAGGACAUGUGACUGUGGAGACCACCUUCAUGUGAAGGACUGACUGUGGAGAACGCGCUCAUGUGAAGGACUCUUGACUGUGGAAACAUGCUCAUGUGAAGGACAUGUGACCGUGGAAACCACCUUCAUGUGAAAGACUCCUGACUGGAGACCACCUUCAUGUGAAGGACUCCUGACCGUGGAAACCACCUUCAUGUGAAAGACUCCUGAUUGGAGAUCACCUUCAUGUGAAGGACAGUCCUGACU